AUGCAUCUUCACACCUCCAUGUGCGCUGUCGUCGGCCUUGCCUUCUUGACAGGCGCUGCCCGUGCUGCAGCAUUGACAGCACGCCAGGACGUUGGUACCACACAAUACUUCGGCUCUCUCUACUGCUAUGGCGAAGGCAUCCAAGGACUUCCAGUCUACUACGCCGAUGAAGUGGCAUUGAUCGGUGUGCAACCACUUUCUGAUGUGGUGGUCGCUACGAACGUGACCUUCGAUGAUCCAGAGGAAACCACCACGCUCACGGCGUCUGGCAACGAAACCGAUUCGCUGACGGCCACUACGUUGUUCAUCGAUACUUCUCCUGGUGCGAACCAAGCGGCAGGUUUCAUGAGCACCACAAACGAUAGCGACUCUCUGACAACCUCCGGCUUCAUCCUCUUCGGCAACCAACUUGCAUGGGUCAGUGACGCUGGCGAUCUGGAGCAGAAGUUUUGGGCAAAGCCCACUUCAACUGAUGGCGUUUACACUCUUGCUUGGAAUGUCGACGCCGUCGUCGAGGAUGGAGCAGUCCCAGUGAACGUCAAGAAUGUGGCUCCGGUCACUGUUGGAGGUGAUGUCUGA